GAAAAAAAGCGCAGGCAGAUCUAGUAAAGCUCCAGAGACAGCCGGUUACCACAAGCAGCUCAGCCUAAUGCUUCUAUAUAUCGUCUGGUGAACCCGAUUAGUGAGCCUGGAGUUGUGCAUGGUGGUAGACAGGAGAAGAUAUUAAACAAGGAUUUGCACAACCUGUUACUGGAUAACUGCUAGAGAAGGGUAUUUUACCAUGGCAGAUGAUGAAAAUGCCAACACCGCUGGGAUAUGCAUAAAGUGCGACAGCAGCAACUGUAAUGUGCUGAGCUGGGAACAAGUGCAGCGCCUGGAUGCCAUCCUCACUGAGACCAUCCCCAUACACGGAAGGGGCAACUUUCCCACCCUGGAGAUGAAACCUAAACAGAUCGUGAAGGUGGUGAGGAGCAGGCUGGAGGAGAAGCACAUCAAGGUACGGGAUGUCAGGCUGAACGGUUCUGCCGCUAGUCACAUACUACACGAGGAUAGUGGAUUGGGCUACAAGGACCUGGACCUAAUCUUCUGCGCAGACCUUAAGGGGGAGGCAGAGUUUCAGACCGUGAAAGACGUGGUCCUGGAUUGUCUCCUAGAUUUCUUACCUGAAGGGGUUAACAAGGAGAAGAUAUCUCCACUCACACUAAAGGAAGCUUAUGUUCAGAAAAUGGUGAAAGUCUGCAAUGAUUCAGAUCGAUGGAGUCUAAUAUCUCUGUCUAACAACCAUGGCAAAAACGUGGAACUUAAGUUUGUGGAUUCUUUGAGGAGGCAGUUUGAAUUCAGUGUAGAUUCAUUUCAGAUUAAACUGGAUUCUCUCUUGCUUUUUUAUGAAUGCUCAGAGAACCCAAUGACUGAAACGUUCCACCCAACAAUAAUUGGGGAGAGUGUUUAUGGGGAUUUUCAAGAAGCCUUUGAUCAUCUUUGUCACAAGAUUAUUGCCACCAGGAACCCAGAGGAGAUACGUGGAGGUGGCCUUCUCAAGUACUGUAACCUCUUGGUUAGAGGCUUUAGGGCCGCUUCAGAAUCUGAAAUGAAAUCCCUGCAGAGGUAUAUGUGUUCUAGGUUUUUCAUUGACUUUUCAGAUAUUGGGGAACAGCAAAGAAAGCUGGAAUCCUACUUGCAGAACCACUUUGUGGGGUUAGAGGACCGCAAGUAUGACUAUCUCAUGACUCUGCAUGGUGUGGUCAAUGAAAGUACAGUAUGUUUAAUGGGACAUGAAAGGCGGCAGACUCUGAGCCUUAUCACCAUGCUAGCCAUCCGUGUCCUGGCUGAACAAAACAUUAUUCCCAAUGUAGCUAAUGUAACAUGCUACUAUCAGCCAGCUCCGUAUGUAGCAGAUGCCAACUUUAGCAAUUACUAUAUUGCCCAGGUACAACCUGUCUUCACAUGCCAGCAGCAUACAUACUCCACUUGGUUACCUUGCAAUUAAGACUGAUUGAGGGUUACUUGUAGGAAACUAUUCCCAUAAACCUAUAAAAUGGCGUAUCCCAAUUAUUAAAAUGGGUUGUGAUUCUGUACAGUGAUGAUCUGCUCUAGGUUUCAAUCUUGGUGAAGUUUGUGGUUCAAGUUGUAUAAAUGGGAGCAUGAUCAAAAACAGAAUGAUUAAUUGGAUACAGCUCUAGAGCACAAACAGCCUGUCAUUUUAAAGCUAAAGAAAGCCUUCUUCAUGGUAGCAAUGAAGGGAAGCUAAAUAAAAGUACAGGUUGGCAGUACCUGCUCACUUAACAUUUGAAUUGGAAGAAGUUGGUCAUUCACAAUGAGGUUUUAAAAAGGGAGUAAUAUUCUAGUCAAAAACAACAUUUCAUUCUGUAUUUCAGGUAUUUGUAGCAAUGUAAGAGUUGAAAAAUUGACAAGGAAUAUUUUUGGAUGACCAUUUUGGAUUGGCAGCAAGAACUGUCUAUAAAUGAAUCAUUUAGAAUGUAUUGCUUGCUUGAUAUGAAUGCUUUAACAGACAUUGCUUACUCCAAGAGAACAGUAGUAGGAGGGUACUAUUUUUUUAAAUUGUAAACCAUUGAUGACACACUAUAUUGUUUCCAGAUGUGUGCACAACUCCUAUUUAGAAAUAUGGGUUAUGCAAGGGUAUUCGUAGCAAACAAAAUGCUUAAGGACCAAAGAUUUAUUAAAUAAAUAACUGAAGUGGAUGUUUAGGAGGAGUGAUUCUGUGUAAUUGUUAACUUACUGUAUCAAAGUGCCUGUUGCCUUCAGAAAAUUAAGAUAUAACAUAGUUUUGGGAUUUAACCGCACAUUUUCUUUUUAUCAAUCAGGGAUAUUAGGAAAAAGAAAACUCCAAUUUACACUUGUGGAAUAAAUGCCCUAUUUUUCCUUGGCAAAUACUUGUACAAAAGUUUUUAUUAUUUUUGAAAUGUUUGCAUAUAUAUAUAUAAAUAUAUAGAAAGAGAGCUAGAGUGUGUUUUUUUUUAAAUGCACACUUUAAUGAAAUUUGACUUAAAUGUAGCACCUCAACAUUUUUUGUUUAUAUAAAGAGCAGUGUUUUGAGCAGGUUGCAACAGGAUAUAUUACUACAAUAAGGGCCUUGCAAAGAAACUUUAAUCCCAUCUGAAUAUCUUGUGUAGGCAACACAUCUAGUAAAGAUAUAUAUAAUUUGUUUUUAGUAUGAUAAAUACAAUUAAAAUAAUAUUUUGAUUUAAAUAGGUGAAUCCAUAAUCAUCUCACAGUUUUUUUUUAAAAAAAAUAUAUAUUUCAAGGUUACCUUUUUAUAUCUAAAUAUAUUGUGGAUGCAUAACUCACCAGUUUUUGAACUUUGGAAUUUAUAUAGAAAUCCAUACAUACAUUUUAAAUUUAAGUGGAUCUUGUUACUACUGGGUUUAAAAGAUAAAAUCGUAAGGACCACUAGAAUGAUUUAAUGUGAAGUAAAAUUUUAAAUUGCAUGGUUAAGUUCAGUGUUCUAUCAGUUCUUAUCAAUCUAGUUAUUAAUUCAACGUUUACAAUAAUAGUACUGUAUAUUAUUUAAACAGUCUAAAACCCCAUGUACUUUUGUGUGCUGCUUACUGGUAAAUUGCCAGAAACAAUAUGACAACUAUAUUUGUUUAGUGCUUUCAUUAAAUUUAGCAAACCAUGAUCUGUGGAGUUAUCUGUUACAAAAAUUGCUAUACUCAUCUCAAUCCCAUGUCAUAGUCAAAGUAGCUUUUGCAAUGAGAUACUGGUAAGCACAAAGUGUGACAUUAUAAAAAAAUUGUGUUUUUACAACUUUUGACUUGGCUGUGGUUUCCCUUGCACAGUCUGCUGCAUCUAUGUUAUGUGAAGACAUGAGCAGAUUUAUUUAUCCUAUAGCUCUGGCUUCCUUUUAAAAACAUUGGUUCAUAUUGUAAUAUAUUAACAAAUGUCUGUCAUGCUAAUAUACAGUUGUAGACUGAUGACAAAUAUAAAAUACUGUUUUCAGAGCAGCUAAGUAAUGAUACAUGUGUGGUAUUCCUAAUGUGUUUUUAGAAGCAGACUUGAUUUGUAGCAUAUUGAAUUGCUUUUAUAUAAAAUUUAGGGGGCCUAUAUAGUUUGUGAUUAUGAGCCUGUGUGAAAUAAGACAUUCACAAUAUGUUUUUAUUAAAGCUGCAAUUUAGUUACUAAACUUUUUCAUAUGCCAUUUUAAUGCCUCGAUCUACAACAAAAUUGUUGCACAGAAACCAAUUAUAUAUGAUAUCAUUAAUUUAUUUAAGCAGGCUAUAAAUGUCCUGUAUACAAUGAUUAAAAUAAAUCAACUUUCAGUCCUAGUCAAGCAAACUUAUUUCAGACACUCCUGGUAGAAUAAUCUUUCAGGUGUCCCCCCCCUCUGGCCCUAAGGCUACAUUCAUAUAUGUAUAAUAUACCUUGUCUUUAAAUAAAGAUUUAGCAGCAAUCUGAUUUGUUUACAGUAGCACCAUUCCUGUGACUUCUGCAGAAUCUGUUAAAGCUAUUGCACUGCCACUCUGUGUACACAGACAUUUCUGUCUUUUUCUUUGACUGCUCCUGUCUGUUUUAUGUUUGGUCAGUGAAAAGCUUGCCUUGAUAUAUUGUGAGUAUGGACAUUUGGUUCCCAUGGUUAAUUUUCUUCAGACAGUAAAUCAUAAUUCAGAUCUACUUGUCUGAUUUAGAACUGUAUCAAUAGAUAUUCAAAGAGCUUAUGUGCUGAAUCAAAUGGGAUGGCUGGGGAAAUAGGAUCAGCUGGUGAUGGAGUAUAAUAAUUUUUGCCACAACUGUUCACAUUGCUUAAAUAACCCAAUAUAUCUAUACAGUAGGUGCUGGAAUACAACAUAUGGUAAUACUGUACCAGUUUUUUUUUUUUUUUAUAGCAUUCAUAUUUUGUUCUGUUUCUAAAUAAUUUUAUUGCUAAGCAGCUAUUUGUGUUUUUUUUUUUUUUUUUCUAAUACAUUUUUUUUUCUUCCAAUAUUUUAGUAGCUUACCAUUGACUGCAGCCGUUUUAUUAUAGCAGUCAUAGCACCUUUUGCAUACUGUGGAUUACCUAUAUUUAUUACAGUUAUGGUUAACCAUAUUUGGGGAGCAAUUAUAGCCGACUUUAUUUUGUCUAUCAUCCAACAUACAGAGCUCAGACUUUGCAACACAGACAAUGUGCCCUUUCAAAUAUGUGAUUCCUUGAAAUUCAACAGUUGGACAGUUUGUAUGGAGGAUGGAUUUAUUGUUAAUCUGUGUUGAGAUAAACCUAAUACAAAUGUGAUGAAACAUCAGAUCUCUUUCAAGCCAAGCCAUUGUAUUUUGUUGCACAAAAAUGCAGGAUGCUGUCUCUGGGUGCUGGGGGAGGGAAGGGGGAGAAAAUAACAGUGUCAAACAGUAUAUACUUUCUUAAACACUAUUAUGCUUCAUACACUGUUGCUUUGCAUUAUAUUGAAUAUUUUUAUUAAGAGCUUUAAUUGAUUCCUGCAAAAUGCAUUGUAAAGGAAUUAUAUUGUGUUGUUGGCUAAAGCCUUUGCUAAUUUAAAAAUAGGGAAAAUAGACCAAAUGUCUUGCAACAAAAAAAAAAAUGCAUUAUGAGAAUCAACCUUAAUAUAUUUUGUGUGGUUUUCUUUAAAAAAAAAAACAGUGGCAAGAAGGCAGAAAAAAAACCUAUGUUUUGCAGUUAUUUUCAAAGUUGCUUACAAGCAGAGAGCAGAACAGUUUAGCUAGACUGUUGGAAAGUCUUGCAAUUGUAUGCUCCCUUCUCUCACCAUAUUAAAUAAUGCCUCUUCUGAGUCAUACAAUUGCAACAAACUGCUCCUUUGCUUUGACUCUGAAAUACAUUGGCCAUACUCAUGACAAGAACAGGCAAGAAACACAAUGAAAUGCAGGCUGUUUGCAUCCAUGCUUGAGGGAAAGAAUUGUGAAUUUUGUUUACAGCAUCCAAUAUUUGGAUUCUUUUGUAAAUAAAGAAAAAUGUUAUUUUUUUCUAUUGAUUUUGUGUCAUUUUUUAAUUUUUAUAUUGUUAUGAAUACAUGUACUAAAGAAAAACAAUAGGAUCCUGGUUAUCUUUUUAAUCUAUUUCUCCUUUUUUGUUAUACUGUCCCUUCAGUGCACUCCAGUUUCUCUACUUGCUCUUCAGUAAUGUUUGUAACUUCAACAUAUUUUCAAUGUCUUUAGUUCUGUUUUACUUGAGCUAUUUCUUCACAUUAAGCUUCCAUUAUAGUUUUUUCUUUACUCCAUGAAUGAAUUUGUUUGCUCAGUGUCCUAUCAUUGAGCCAUACUAGAAACGUUUAAUGUUUGUAAAUACAUCAUUGUAGUAUGACCUUUUCUAUGUGACAUUAUAGGAUUUAAAGACAACAGUGAAGGAGUUAAGCUAGCAAUACUGGGGUUUAGAUAUCCAGGAGGCUUUUGGACUUCAGCCCAGAUUGGGGGGGGGGGGGGGGGGACUACAGGUGGGAAAGCAGCAGUCACUACUUUUCUAAUACAGUGGGAAACCUGUAUGGCUCCCUUCUACCUGGCUGAAUUCAAGCUCUUCUCAGAUGUUUUUACCCUAAUAAAACCCACUUGCAUGGCCACCUCUAUGGUUAGUAUUGUUUAUGAAAGUGUGACUAUACUGUCCCUAUUUCCGUCAAACAUUAGAGCAUGAUAUGAAAGUAAAGUAUUAACUUUCAUGGUUUGUUGGUUACUGACCACUAAGAUUCUAACAGUUAUAUCUAGAAAAGGUGAGUGGGACAAAGCAGGGAUCUGCUUAAUAUUGCUAUGCAGUGUUUGAUAACUAUAUCAUUCCUAGUCUUCUUCUAGAUCUUAAAACACAAAUAUAAAACGUUUAAAGGGGCAUGAAACUCAAAAUAAAACUUUUUUUAUUCUUAAGUCACAUUGAAGCAUUGCCUAUGGCCAGAGUACAAGAGAUUGGAAACAUGAAGCUCACUUACUUUUUCAAAGAAUGAAUUCUUAGCUUGAUUUGAAAUAAUAAAUGUUGCUAACAAAAUAACAGAUUUAAAUGUUAUUUCAUGCAUAUUUUUUUUCAACAUUGUUUUGAAGGGAGGAAAUGAAACCAAAACAAAAAUAUCUCCUAAUUCAGACAAAGCAUACACAUGCAAACAGCUUUCAAAUUGACAUUUGCUUUGGUCUCAUUGUGUUCCCUGUUGAAGAGCAUACCUAGAUAGGUUCAGCAAUGCAGAAGGGGGAGCUAGCUGCUGAUUGAGGGCUGCACAUAUGAUUCUUGAAAUUGUCUCACUUGAUUUCUUCAGCUAGCUCCCAGAGGUGCAUUGCUGUUCGUUCGGAAAAGGAUACCAACAGAAUGAAGCAAAUUUGAUAAUAGAAUUCAAUUGCAAAGUUGUUUAACAUUGUAUGCUCUAUAUGAAAAUUGUGGGUUUCAUGUCCCUUUAAUUGCUGUAAGUUACCAUGCAAAUAUGAACAUGUUGAUUAUUAUGCAUGAUCAGUUUUGUAUGCAAUUCCAUACCAAAUAAUGCUCACAAAAUGUCUCUGUUAAAUUGUGAGCAUGCUAUAAUUUAUCAAUGUAUCAAUUUCCUGUUAAAAUAAUAAUACAAUUAAUAAUUCUGACAUCUGUACACAAAUUACUGUAGUAGCCUGCUCUGAAUCUGUCUAAAGCAUGCAACCAUAUAAAUAUCAAAUCACUGUUGCCACAAUAAAUAACACUAUUUUUUAUUGUUUAA